UGAUCAGUGAGUCAGCACGGGACUGUGACAGCGUACACACGUUUUGGCAUCAGACUACGCAGCGAGUUUAUCCUCUGGCUAGUCUUGGUACCCUGACUUGUGAACGCCGUAUGUUAAGGGUGAGCUCGGUAGUGAGUUUAUCCUCUGACCGACUCAACCGUUAACAUCGCGGUCGCUAAGACAGUCUUCCGUGAUCCGGGAUCUUUAAAAGUGACAGUCGUCUAGUUAGUGAAGCCUACGCGAGCGUCGGCAGAAGUAGCUGAGCGUAGUCGGCGUAGCACGCGAGGGUGAACGCGUAUAGCAGGGCAGCGAUAGGGAAGCCCACACGAGCGUCGGCAGAAGCAGCAGCGCGUGAUUGAAGCGGUACGGAGCAACAAGUCGUCUAGUUAGUGAAGCCUACGCGAGCGUCGGCAGAAGUAGCCGAGCGUAGUCGGCGUAGCACGCGAGGGUGAACGCGUAUAGCAGGGCAGCGAUAGGGAAGCCCACACGAGCGUCGGCAGAAGCAGCAGCGCGUGAUUGAAGCGGUACGGAGCAGCAAGUCGUCUAGCACCCAGGAGCGCGGCAGAGCGGGGAAACGGUAUUGCCCUAACGGAGCACAUCGAACCGUUACCCUAACAGCGCCGUCCUCGGGCGACGACUGUACAACGCAGGAGACGUUUUGUGACUUGAAUUAAUAUAUUAUAUUAGAUAUUAAUAUAAGUUGAAAUAAAUAAAGAACGAUUCGCAGAAGAGCCCCAACACUUACAAAUUUAUUGUAAUGAACCCUGGACACGGCGAGUAUACCUCAGAAAUUAUGCUUGUAAGAAGCAGGGGCAGCAAAAAGCUUCGUUACAAUUGGCGCCCGAGCAGGGACCCUGCGGAUCGUAUAUUAUCAGGAAAACGACAUUUAGUACGGAGAUGGCAGACCUCAUGUGGUUAGACAACGUGUCCAAGGAGCAACUAAUCUCCUUCACACAGAGUCUGGGAGUUGACCACAUAGGCACCACGCGGGAGAUUCGUAAGCGCAUAACUACAUUGGCAGCCAAGGCGCACGGAGACCCGGAAGUAGAAGAACAAUUUUUAAAAAUGGAAGCUGCAUACAAAGCAGGUGAGAUCGCUUCACGAGACGAAGGCGAUCAGAAGACAACCUUCGCAGCAGAUCAAGACAGAGGGACCGCGAGCACUUUCGCGGAAUCAUCACGGCUACAGCCGCCACAAAUCAACAGGUUACUUCAACAGAACCACAUUGUUACAUUCGCACCCAUCAUCGACCAGGUGAGGAAGUGGUCCGUGAAAUACGACGGCGGGCGAGACCCAUUAGCGUUUGUCGAGAGAUUAGAAGAGCUCUCCGAAGUGUACAUGGUGAAUGUGGACAUUCUUCCAAGAACCAUGCCCGAAUUAUUGUGCGGUACCGCUCUCCAUUGGUAUCGCAACAAUAACGAUCAUUGGGAGAGUUGGACAACCUUCAAAAAGGACUUUCUGCGCUUCUUCCUACCAGCACGUUACUUCGAACGCCUCGAAGGUAACAUACGGCAGCGAAGACAAAACGUUCGAGAAAAAUACAAGGACUACGUUCUAGCUAUGCAGAGCUUAAUGCGACACGUUGGGUAUAAUCCGGAAGAGCGACUGGAAAGAAUUUUUCGGAAUAGUCACACAGAUUAUUUGCUCUACAUUCAGCGGCGAGAUUUCGAGACGCUGGCCGAACUCAUCACACUGGCAGAAGAGUACGAAGGGAUAUAUGAAGGACAACGACGAGAAGUAGAGCCAUCUCGACGCGAGAUGACGAGACACAUUAUAGGUGACCACGAGGCGAGACAUGCAAGUAGGCCGUUACCACGUGCACCACAACACCACGGGACGGUAGAUGCGCAUCGUCAGCAACCAUCUACGAGUGGAGCCGUUAGGCCGGGUAAUAUCUGCUUCAGAUGUGGUCAGGAAGGUCACCAUGCCAGGAGAUGCCGUAAUCCCAAGAAAUUAUGUUGCAGGGAGUGUGGCCCAGCGGAUGUGCUAACGAAAGAAUGUUGUCAUCGACAACGGGGAAACGACGAAGGGUUUCGCCAAAGACAAGGCGUGGUGGACCCACGGAAAUCAGCGCCAAACCACCAAUAAUUAUGCAUCAGGAACGCGGCCGGCUAUACGCCUUAAUCACGCUGGGCGGAGAACCGGCGGAAGCCGUCAUCGACACCGGCGCUUCGAAAAGUUUCAUAUCACCACGAAUUGCAGAACAUAUGGACGCAACCGGGAACAGUAAGAAGGUGACCGUAGCUAUCGAGAUAAAAAUGGCCGAUGGCACCACCAGCAAGAUUUUUGACGCCAUGGAGACCACCAUUCAACUCGGACAGACAUCGCUAAAGGCAGUGUUACACGUGAUGCCCGGAGCGAUUGAUGACGUCAUACUUGGAUUGGAUAAACUGGGGAACAUGGGAGCUAUAGUAUCCUGCGGAGGUCACCAGGUAGUGCUGAAAGCGUCAGAUGCGCAGCAAUCAACGGCAGCCCGCACCGUGUCAUCUAAAGCCGUAAGCAACGUAACCCUUACUACGCCAGACACACGCCUGCUAAAGCGCAGGAUGAAGAAGAAAAACAGACGAAAACUUAAGUGCAGGAGGGACUUCAUCGGCCGUCAACCAGAGAAACGAAGCGGCCCGUAUACGUGAUUUUUUAGACGAAGAACUUCGAAAAUUUGAAAGCAUGAGUGGAGUGA